AUGGGAAAGCACUUCCUUACCUUAUUACAAGGCCUUCAUGAUCAUGCUGAAGAGGUCGAAGUAGCUUCAGGCUUAAGGGUCUUGUAUUUGUUUGGCAUGUUCCUCAUUUCUCUCUCAAUUAUAUCUAUGGUCAUAUUUUCUUGCGGUAAAAAUAAUGGUGGUGGUGGUGGUGGUGGAGGCGGAUGUGGUGGAGGUGGUGGUGGAGGGGGGUGUGGUGGAGGUGGUGAUGGUGGUGGUGGAGGGGGGUGUGGUGGAGGGGGGUGUGGUGGAGGUGGUGGUGGUGGUGGUGGAGGCGGGUGUGGUGGAGGUGGUGGUGGUGGAGGUUAG